CUACCUAUGUCUCCUUUAUCAAGAGCCUGUCUUCUUUUACGCUCAGCUAAUCUAAAUUGUCUUUUCUCUGACCGCGAUCCUAUUAUAUAUCGUAUGACCUUUUUGUUCUCUGUAUUCUUCAAAGGAUCGUAUGUUUCUACAUAUUUCUUAGAUAUAAAACAAUACGUAAUAAUAAUUACAUAUUCAAAAACAGUAUAAAAUAAUAAUAACUACUGAGCGAAACCUGAUUCCAAUGUUUCAUUACAGGUGCGGAUAGACAUGAAACCGUUUCCAAAGGAAAGAGGUGGAAAUCCGACGACGACUGACAAAUAUACCAGCCUAGUCCCACGCAGUUUUAAAGCAACUGGCCAACCCGAAACUGGAAGGAUUCCAUUCGUGUGCUUUACUUUAAAACGAACUCCACGUGAUCUGCACUCUUAGUACCGCUAAUUUACUUAUCUGAGUGGAAGUAAUUAAUUAAUACCUGUGUAUUCAAAUAUUAAUAUCUAAAAAUUCGGUAGCUUCCAAAUAUCUAUAUAAUAACGAAUUUUUCUAACUGAGAUCUAUUGUCAAUUUUAUAGUUGCGGUAUCUCUUUUAUUCCUCCUUCAAAAGGUCAGUGACUUUAUUCCUCUUCAAUAUCUCUUUCAGUUGGAGAUUGCUUCUUUUGAGGAAGAAAAGAGCCUCUGUUAUUGUUUAACGAUGAACCGCUAACGCAACUCACGUCUUGUGUCAAUUAAUUAAUUCAUUGUAAGAGUACAUAUCUAAGAUCGUCAAAGAUGCAAAGGGUUCUCAGCUUUCAAAUGGCUCGAGGAUUCGGCGAGUCGAGCGAGUUCGUGACGAAACGUAUGUGUUUUUCGUUUAUCUUUUCCGUUGGUUUUAUUUGUAUUCUCUGUGGCUUCUUGCUGGGCCGUUUCUCCACGCAAAGGAUCAUAGAAUCCCAUGCGGAAAGGAAACGCCUCGAGUUGGCGGGAAAUGGCCUCGAGAGCACCGAGUACCUUCAACAUCUCCUCCUGGAGCAAUUGGACAGGUCGAACCUCGACGAAGACUUUGAAAUGAACUGGGAGUCCUUCAAUUCGAGCGAAGACGAUGUACGUCGAGCACACGGAAUCCUGUCGAAUUUGUCGUUCAUUCAGAAGGUCGUGGUACAUCCAUCGUGCAUCGUUGCAAAUGCUCGAGGGUCCAGAGAAUCUGAUAGGUAUGUUGUUGUGUCAGCUAGUGGGGAAGGUGUUGGUAUUGCUUUGGAACUGGCAAAGAAGAUGAGUAAGAUCCAGAGAGAAUACGGUUGGAGUCCUCGUCGAUCCCUUAUUUUUUGCUUAAUUAUGGGCUCAUCGGAUCCUUGUUUAGAAAUUCUGACCAGGAACAUUUUCUUGCGCUCUAGGAUCAUGGCUUACGUUAUUGUACAUCAACGAAUUUUGCAAGGCAGAGGUCCCUUUACUGCGUCAGGGUCAGAUGUAGUAAAAUCCGUGGUCUUUAAAGCUGCCAGCACUGUAAAGAAUAUACAUUCUCAUAAUAACCAAUUGAUACCUUCGAAAACGUCUUUUAAUAAUACACGUCGCCUCGCAAUAGGUAUACCGCAUGCAGAAUUGUCGUUCAUCAACAACAGCGUCACCUUCCACGAAAACAAUCAUGAAAGACAACUGCGUAAAAUAAUUUUAGCUCAGAUACUUAGUCAAACCAUUUGGAGGCUAUCGGAAUGCUUAAUCAUGAAAUGGAAUCCUCGCUAUUUCAACGAAACUGUUUCCAAGGCAUUGGAGUUGAUAGAUAGUAGUCAAUUUUUGAUAAACAAAGAUAAAAUACAAGAGAUCUCGGUCAGAUUAUUGUUUAACAUAAACAUUUUAAAUGGAAUAAUCGAUGCAAUCGAUAGCAUCACUCUUCUCGAUACAAGGAUAUUAAACGAUUUGAUGAUGGAUUUAGAUAGAGCUCUUCUCUGCUCAGAUACGAACCAACGAUCGAGAACCGACUGGGUAGAGUUUUUUAAAUUAGAUCAUGAGCCUUUCAAUGUAAUCUCAACACGCCUUAACGAGAUAGUAAAAUGUUACGAAACAGCCGUCGAGCUGUUACAAAAUAAAUAAU